UGAAGCGAUCGAACAGAAGCCAGUUCUCCAGCACCGCGAUGACGAAUGUGGCGUCGGGUCGCCCAACUCGUUUCGCAGCUAACUUUACGAAGUUGAACCAGCGCAUAUCUACUUUGGACAACGGCCGCAUAUUUCACGGCGACGCUAACGCGCGCCGUGUUCGAAUGCUGCCGCUGUCGACACGUUGGGAAAAGAAACCAGAGCGAUGGGUGGCUGUUGUUCUUCGUGCUUUCCUUCUGGCUCACAAGAAGAACUACUGUCCCCUGAUUUGGAAACAAGAAGACGCCAACUUGCUGAGGCUGCUGAGAAUCGGGCUAAACAGAAUGAAUCGAGAGGUUUGGCAAACCCUGAGAGAGUUCAGAGAAAAAUUGAGCAAGCCAGAGCUAAAGAAGAUAAAAUGGACAAGUACAGCAGCCAAUCUGGCUCCCCAGCUCUUAAGUGGCAAGCCAAUUAAUGAUUCUUUUACAAACUUUGAAAUUACUUACAAGUGCCUUCAUCUAUGGGAACAUUAAAUGAAAGAAGGGAAUGAAACAGUAUUUUCCUUGAAUUUUAAGAGUAUUUUAGUCAUGAAGGUUCUGUUCAUGACACAUUUUUUGUGUUAAAACAGCAUGCUUUUAAAGUGAAUUUUGUGAUCAGAGGUUCCGAAUACUGAGGUACUUCUCUGAAAUGUGUGUUGCUUGUCAAUAUCUUCGAUGCAUGCUUGCGCUAUCAGUGGAAAAAGAAUGGACAUGCCACCUCCCUCCCUAUCAGAGACUCUCAAUGCUGGCCUCUUGUACUACCAUUUCUAAGUGGGGGUGUGGUAUGGACAUCAUCUGGUCUUUUUCCCACUGAUGGGACACCACACUGCAUGUGGAGAUGCCAUGGUUGUCACCUCGCGUGUACACGUUAUUUUAUGAAUAAUUGAGACGAAACUUUUUAUGUCCAAAGAUUGUUUAAUUUAAAUUAUAGAACUUAUCUAUGGAGUCAGUGUA